ACAUGUUUUACCUGUAUGCUGAAUGUGACAUAUAAAUACUUAAAUGAAAGAAAAUAAAAAAUACAGUUAAUUCUAAAUAUAAUAUAUGAGUAUAUGUUCUUUGUACCAAUGCUUUAGCAAAACAUCAAGAUGAGAGUAUUAUUAAUAGUAUGUACGACCAUAACAAUUUUGCAGGUAAGAAUAAUAUUUUAGUGUAAAUAAAAUGAUUUUAUUAAAUAUAGUAAACUUCACGUCAAAGUCAACUUAAUAUAAUUUCCCUAAAAAAAAAAUAUGUACACAUUAUACAUGUCGCAUCCAUAUCGCGUUAUUGUCCAUUUCGCGAAAUGGACAACGUUUGCAUCAACGUUUAGAUACAGUUCCGCGAAAUGGAUACCUAAACUUUACACAACGGAACUUGUUCCGUCAUUUGGAUGUCCAUAACGCGAAAUAAUAAAUUAUUAUUAUUUAUUUAAACCGUAUGUAUACCAAAGGUUUUUUGGUUGGUAUGACAAUAUUCUGAUCGGUUGAUCAUAAAUGACGAUCACAAAAUUAUUUUUUAGUUUUAUCUACUGUAAAAACAUUACUUCUUCAAAUUAUGUAUUCUGAAUAUUACUUAAUCCAUAAAUAAUCAUAAUAAUAUUGCCCCAAUAGUAGGUAUGCAAAUAAUUACGAAUAGGAAAUUGGAAAAUUGCCCAUGUGGCCGUGUGAUUUUCUUAGCACACGGGUUGUUAUCAACGAAAAUCAAGAUAAUAGGUACUAAUUAUAAAUAGCUGAACAUUUUGUUUAUUGGCUUAAAAAUACUCAAACAUAUUUUAUCAUCAUCAAACAUCGUAUUGCCAAAUAUUUUAGAUAAUGAGCAACAAUGAGAAAAUCGAUCUGUUCAAUGAUGGACAAUGUGAAUCUCUGUAUGUUGUUGUAACGUUGUUGGGACGCUUCCGGACGUUUUAUGGUCCCCCUACCAUUCAUACCGGCGCAUCGCGACGAUGCGUUUCAUGGCUCCCGUAGCGUCGCCAUGCGCCGGUUCCAAAACCUUGAAAGAAAGUUCCAAACUGACGACGCGUUGUACACCGCACAUAAACAAUUUAUGUGCGAAUACCAAACAUUAGUCUAUUUAUGGCGUUGGCUACAGAACCCGGUAUCUACCUUAUCCCUCACCAUCCGGUAUUUAAAUCCAACUCUCCGCUGAGCAAACUUCGAGUGGUCUUCGACGCAUCUGCAAAGUCUACAAGUAAACUAUCACUAAAUCAGUGUUUGUAUGCCGGCUCUAGAUUACAAUUGGAUAUUGUGGACAUUCUAGUUCGGUUUCGCGUCCAUAAGUUUACGACGAACUAAUAUUUUUACUAAAAUUUAGAAAUUGUUGUUUUUGUAAAUUUGUAUAAUUAUUUAAAACAUAUUUAAAGUUAAUCACUAAUAAGUUAAGUUUAGGCUAUAUCAUACUUCGAAAAAAAUUACUCAACUACAAUUAAUGAGUUUACAAUACAAAAUACUAUACUUUGUAUUUUUUUUUCGUUUACAACAAAUGUUUAAUUAAUAUUUUUAUAUUAACAAUAACGUACAAAUGUGUUUUAGAUUUUGGAUGUUUCUAUAACGGGGGUUUCGGCAAACCCAACUGAUUUUAAUGUAAGUAGAUAAUUUUUUUUAUAAAUACUUUAUUUAUUUAUUUAAAUAUUCUUAAAAGUAUAAACAUUUACAUUGAAUAAUCAUGCAUUUUAUUGUUUUGUUGAAGUAGUUACUUUCAGUUAUAAAAUAUAUUAAAUAGACACUUACUGUAUUUCAUAUGUGACGAUAAUAGUAAUAUACCUAUGUAUCAACUAUCAAUCGUACAACCUAUUGUAUAGUCUAUAAAGAUCAAUGAAUUUCAAAAAAGAUUUUGUAGGUAUCUAUUCGAAAUAUAAUGGUCGAUAAUUUUUAAUACUUAGGAAAGUAGAAAGAAACCGUCUAAAGACAAAACAACGACACUAAAAGCAUUGAAAUCUAAUAAAACUUUUAAAAAAACCCCUAUUGACGAUGAAACAGAUGUAACAAGUUCUAGUGAAAACGAACUAAAUGAAAAAACUAUAAGUAGUUCAGAAGAUGAAGAUUAUGAAGAAAAGCCAAGAGAGAAACGGACACCGAAAACGGUUAACGGUGCAAAGAGAAAUCUAAAAAAGACCACUAGAAAAGAAUCUAAGAAACUUAAAGUUGGUCUUUUAAACAACGCUGCUGGAUUAUUGUCAGUUGGCAGUCAAUCGAUAUUAAAUAUAGGAGAACAUGUUAAAGGGCAUGCAAAAAAUGUGCAUUCAUUAGGUAAGGACACUUUAGACAUGGGUAAAAGUUUGGGAAAUAAUGCAACGAAGAGAACAAAACAAUCAAUGAGAAAAUUUAAAGAAGUCGGUAAUGUGGCUACAAAUCAAGUAUUCGAUACAGUGGAUCAUACGGCAGACUUAACUAAGAAUAUAAUUCGAGUAGGAGGAACCGUUGUUAAUACACCGGUCUCUAUCGCAAGCGACACUGUUGCCAUAACACAUGGUGUUGUGGGUGUUCCGAAGAAAAUAGUACGUAAAGCAUCAAACACUAUACUGCCACUUUUAGGAGUUUCAGAGAAUGAUAAUAGUAGCAAUAAAAAUAAAUUAGAAGAAAAAUCAGAUAAUGAAGAAGAACCAUCAGAAGAAGAAAAACUAAAACCAGAAUUACCAUCAAAGCGCUUACAGAAAAAACGUGCAGUUAAAAAACCAGCGGUAGAACCAGAUGAAGACGAAGACGAAGAAGAAGAAGAAGAAGAAGAAGAAGAAGAAGAAGAAGAAGAAGAACAAGAACAAGUACCACCAUCAAAGAAUUCUAAAAAAAAACUUCAAGCUAAAGAAACAGAAGCAGAACCAGAUAAUGAAGAAUCAUAUAAGACGGUGAAAAACCAGUACAAUCAACAAAGAGUUCAAAAAAAAAGAAUGCCGUUAAAGAACCAGUAAAAGAAAAAAAAGAACAGUCAAAAAAUAGUUCAACAAAAUAGACAACCGUUAAAAAAAAAAAAAUAGUAAACAAACAACGCUAAAACAGUAAACGAAUUUGAUUAGCUCGCAUUUAUACCUGAGUGAUUUAAUAUUAUUUCAUUGAACAAAUUAUAAAAUAUAAUUGUUGAUCGAGAUUAAACAUUAAUAUCCAAAUAUAAAUGUUAAUAAUAUCGAUUUUCCAUUAUUAUUUCCAUUUCUGUUUAUGUUCAAGUUAAUACGACUUAAACAAACUUCUUUGAAUAUAAAAUUUUCAAAAAUUGUUAAAUUUUUUUCAAGAUACACCUAUAAACCUGUUGAUAUUUUGUAUGAUAAACAAGAUGCAAAUAUUAUUGUCAAAAUAAAUACGA